CGGCUCCACGAGAACCACCCCCCCCCCUUCCCACGGCUCAGCUGCUGCUCCGCAAUGGGAGCCGCCGCCGUCGCCGCUGUGUAGUUUUUCGUGCUCCUCCUUUUCCUCCUCCUCUUUCUCCUCCUCCUCAGGGCCCCAGUCAGGCCGAUCCGCUCCGCUCACGGAAGGAAAACUGAGAUAUAAAUUGCUCUCUUGUCUGGAGUCACAUGGUAAUUCAAAAAUGGCAGAACUCUUUAUGGAAUGUGAAGAAGAGGAGUUAGAACCAUGGCAGAAGAAAGUAAAAGAGGUUGAAGAUGAUGAUGAUGAUGAGCCAAUCUUUGUUGGAGAGAUAUCAAGUUCAAAACCAGCAAUUUCAAAUAUUUUGAAUAGAGUAAACCCCAGCUCAUAUUCAAGGGGAGUAAAGAACGGUGCACUCAGUCGAGGUAUUACUGCUGCAUUCAAGCCUACAAGUCAACACUACACCAACCCAACAUCAAAUCCAGUGGCUGCCUCGCCAAUAAAUUUUCAUCCUGAAUCUAGAUCUUCUGAUAGUUCUGUUAUUGUUCAGCCUUUGUCUAAACCUGGUUAUGUAACGAACUCAGCACGAGUUGUAUCUAAUAAUUCUUCAGAGUUACUGUUUGACUUGACCCAGGAUACAGGAUCAUCACAUUACCAAGGGGGACCAACACUUUCUAUACCAGGUAUGAAUGAAAGUUCGUUUUUAUCAAAACGUCCUUCUACUUCUGAAGUAAACAGCGUUAAUCCAAAAAAGCCAAAGCCCAGUGAUGGUAUUUCUGGAUUAAAUUCUUCAGCUGUAUUUCCUUCAGUUAAAUCUCUUUCAGUGACAUCUUCCCAGGCUGCAUCAUCAAAAGGUACAAAUACCUCUUCAAAUCAAUCUAAAAAUGGAACACCUUUUCCGAGAGCUUGUCCAAAGUGCAAUAUUCAUUUUAAUCUUUUGGAUCCUUUGAAAAAUCACAUGAAGUACUGUUGUCCAGACAUGAUAAAUAACUUUUUAGGACUGGCUAAAACAGAAUUUUCAAGUACAGCAAAUAAAAACAAGACUGUUGAUUCAGAGAAAGGAAAAUUGAUCAUGUUAGUUAAUGACUUUUAUUAUGGAAAACAUGAAGGAGAUGCCCAGGAAGAACAGAAGACUCACACAACUUUUAAAUGCUUCAGUUGCUUGAAAAUUCUUAAAAAUAAUAUUAGGUUUAUGAACCACAUGAAACACCAUUUGGAACUUGAGAAGCAGAGCAGUGAGAGCUGGGAAAACCACACCACCUGCCAGCACUGCUAUCGUCAGUUUCCCACACCAUUUCAACUGCAGUGUCACAUUGAGAGCACACAUACGCCCCAUGAAUUUUCUACCAUUUGCAAAAUCUGUGAAUUAUCAUUUGAAACGGAGCAUAUUCUUUUACAACAUAUGAAGGACAAUCAUAAGCCUGGGGAAAUGCCAUAUAUUUGCCAGGUUUGCAAUUACAGAUCAUCAUCAUUUUCUGAUGUAGAAACUCAUUUUAGAACAUCCCACGAAAACACUAAGAACUUGCUAUGUCCAUUUUGCCUCAAAGUUAUUAAAAUUGCAACACCCUACAUGCAUCAUUAUAUGAAGCAUCAGAAAAAAGGAAUACAUCGUUGUACAAAAUGCAGACUGCAGUUUUUGACAUGCAAAGAGAAAAUGGAUCAUAAGACUCAACAUCAUAGAACAUUUAUAAAACCUAAACAACUGGAAGGGUUGCCUCCUGGAACAAAAGUUACUAUUCGAGCUUCAGUUGGACCGCUUCAGUCAGGAUCUUCAACUACACCUUCCAUUAGUGCAAGCACGUCUACCCUUCAGCUCUCACCUCCAAGGACUAAAAAUAUAAUUGCUAAAAAUCCCACAAAAUCUAACACAAGCAAACCUAAUCCAACUAAAUCCAAUACAAGUAAACCUAAUGCAAGUAAGCCUAAUGGAAGUAAAUCUAAAUAUAAAUCAAAAAUCUCUAAUAUGCAAAAGAAACAAAGCACAUUGGCUAGUAGCAAUAAAAAAAGUAAAGUCAAUACAGCAUUGAGGAACUUAAGGUAUCGUCGGGGAGUUCACAAGUGCAUUGAGUGUUGUUCCGAAAUAAAAGAUUUUGCAAAUCACUUUCCUACGUAUGUCCAUUGUAGUUUUUGCAGAUACAACACUAGCUGUAGCAAAGCCUAUGUAAAUCAUAUGAUGAGCUUUCAUAGUAACCGUCCAAGUAAAAGGUUUUGUAUUUUUAAGAAGCAUUCAGAAGAUCUCAGGGGCAUUACUCUAGUGUGCCUUAAUUGUGAUUUCAUAGCUGAUGUUUCUGGCUUAGAUAUUAUGGCCACACACUUAAGUCAACAUGAAACUCAUACUUGUCAAGUUGUAUUAGAGAAAGUUUCUGUUUGUAUCCCAACUUCUGAACAUCUUUCUGAAUUAAAAAAUGAAGCUCCCACUAAGGAACAAGAACCUGUGUCUGAGGAAAUUGCAAGACCUAAUAUGGCUGAAGGAGGAACAGAAACAUCAAAUUCUGAAAGUAAACAAGAUAAAGCUUCAGAGGAAGAAAAAAAUGGAUGUGAUACAAAUUCAUUUGAAGGCUCAUUAGCAACAAAAAGUGAAGAAAGCAAAACAGUUUCAAAUAAGGAAAAUGAUACCUGUCUUGGAGACCAAAAGACUGGGUUAAAGAAUAUCUUCAGUCAUGAUUCAAAUAUUGAUGCAGAUAAAGUAGAAAAGGAAAACCAAAUAGAGCACAUUUGUCAGAAAACAGAGUUGAAGAUUUGUCAAAGUUCAGGAACCAUAAAUUCAUGUGAUCAGAUUGAAGAUUCCAACUCCAGUGAAGCUAGGUUUUCUUCGAAGAAUAUUAAGGAUUUGCGGUUAACAUCUGGUGAUGUUAGCAUUGACCAGUUUUUGAGAAAAAGAGAUGAACCUGAAUCUGUUAGUUCUGAUGUUAGUGAGCAAGGCAGUAUUCAUUUAGAACCUUUGACUCCAUCAGAGGUACUUGAGUAUGAAGCCACAGAGAUUCUUCAGAAAGGUAGUGGUGAUCCUUCAGCCAAGACUGAUGAAGUAGAGUCUGAUCAAGCUGACAGUGUUCCUGGAGAAAAUAGCCCUAGCACGACAGAGACAACAGUAGACCUGGCAGAUGAAAAAGAAAGAAGUUGAAAUUUAUUAGUUAUUCUAAGUUUAGUGUACCAACGGUAAGAACAUUUGGAACAGUGCUAUCAGGUGAGCUCAGUGGUGCUGUUUUGGAGUUCAGAAAGAGAAAAAUGUGAAGGAAGUCAUUUGUAUACACUUUACCUGUAUGUUCAACCCAGAUUCUUAAAUCAAUUCACUGAUAAUAGCAUGAUUUCUAUGGAUUUCCAGGAAGCCUUUAACACAUAACAGGAUUUUAGUGAAAGUUACGUUUGCAAUGGAAAAUUCUCAUUUAACAGUUUGUGAGAAGAACUUUGUGGCCAGUAUGAAUUGAUUAUUGGAAUAUUAAUUAUAAUAAUAAAGCUUUUGAAACUUAAAACAGUCCUAAGCUAAAAGUUCUUAUUAUCUAUGUAUCCUUUUCAGUUAACUUAAAGGAAGAGAUUUGGAAACCACAUACUAUUGGGGAAUAAUUGAUUAAAAAUAAUGGCUGAUAGGCAUUGUUAAUGAAGGCUUCAUUUUAAGUAUGAUGCUGGCAAAUGGAGCAUGCUUAGAGUGCUAAAUUAAUUGAUCUAAUGAGAAUUUGGAUGAACAUAAAAUCAAUUUUGGAUUUAAUAUAACAUUCCAGACUGUCAGAAGCAUGUAAACAGAAUAUUUGAAUCUGUGUACCUCCAUACAAGUGUUAGCCUGCCAGGCUGUAAGCUUACCUUAAACUUUCAGUGAAAGUGAAAUUAUUAAGAUAUAAAUUUAUAUUUGUGCUUUUUGUCAAUGUGUAAGCUGUGCAGAAAUCCUUGAUGUGCUAGUUGUAUAAAAUAGAAACCCGUUGUUCAAACUCCUGUAGCUGUUAUGCUUUUAAUAUUGUUUUAAUGAUCUUUAGAAAUAGACCCAUAAAAUGGUCUGGAAGCCAAACCAAAGUAUGGUAUAAUGUAGAUAUUGUAAAACAGUAAACUGAAAACAUGUCCUGGCUCAUGCCAUGUUUAAGUGACUUUUUCUUUAAUUGUAAAAUAGAAACUUCAAAUGGGACCUAAAGCAGUGAUGUAAAAACUUGGUUUGGGAUAUUUAGCCUAAUUUAUCCGUAUCCUAUUUUAUCCAUAAAAUGGCUGCUAAAUUGUUUUUUCAGUUUUUUUUUAUCAUCUAGAAAAUAAUAGAUAUAGAAAUAAAUAAUAUGAAUAACAGUAGUUUGCUUUAAAGUACUAAAAAAAUUUUAUUUAAAAUGCUACAUUUUUACUUCUUAAAAUGUGCUUUGAAUUCUUAAAUUUUGUUUCACUGAAUGUUAAAUGUUUUAAACGGCUAUUAAAAUUCUGCUGUAUAUAGUAGUUUUUGAGUAAAUAUUUGCAAUAAAAAUCUGUCCCUGAAUAA